AUGUUCGAAACAGACCAAAUUCGCGAGGUAUUAAAUACCGAUAUCAGAGCUCCCAUCCCCCCGGCACUCGUAACCAAGAUCUUAUCGCUGCCGCCAUUUAUCUCUAUACCAGGUGUUUUCAACUUCAGGGAUCUCAGCCAUGAUGGCAACAAAUUACGCCCAAGAUUUGUGUAUCGGUCAGGAAACUUGUCAGGCAUCUUCGGUUCCGGGAAAUCCAUCAUCGCAACCGAAUUGGGAAUCACCACAAUCUUCGACCUCCGGAAUGAAGGCGAGCGACAAAAAGCCCCUCCACCUUCUAUCACAGGAGUCGAGACAAUUUGGUCACCAUAUGGAGCGCGACCGGCCACAUUGAACCUCCGCGAUUUCGCAGGCGAAGACAAGGGCGCCUCAGGGUUCGUGAAGAUGUACUUCGGAAUCCUCGAAGCGGCUGCCCCAUGUUUCACCAAGAUAUUUAAGCAUAUCAGAGAUCACCCAGACGACCCGUUCGUCGUCCAUUGCUCAGCCGGUAAAGAUCGCACAGGUGUCAUAGCCGCUCUCAUCCUCCUCCUCAUCAAUCGACCUCAUGAUGAGAUUAUCGACGAUUACAUUAUUACUCGAGUCACAUUGGAAAGCGCCCGGGAGAACCUCAUGGAGGCAUUCGCGGUGAACUUGGGAUCUGAUGGACUCGACCUCAGCAUGUUGAGCCCCGAGGCGCUAGGUAUGCUCGAGCUGUGCGGUGUUCGAGCCGAUUCCAUGGCAGCAUUCCUAGUAUCAUUUGAGAACAAGUAUCAAAACGGCGUUGAGGGUUAUCUUAUUGAUAGACUUGGGUUUUCACAGAGUGAUGUAUCGACGAUGCGCAAGCAUCUGACCUAG